AUGCCAUUAAUCAUUCAAGCUUUUAGCGGCAUCGCAUGGGUUGCCGGCUACUUCACCUACUAUCUUCAACUGGCUGGCUACUCCACUUCCAUGAGCUACCAGCUUCAAAUUGCCCAACCUGUUCUGUCUAUUGUAGGUAACUUGAUGGCAGCCGCUGUUAUCGAUAAAGUCGGUCGAAGAAACCUUACGCUCUACGGCCUCGGUAUCCUUACGGUGUUCCUUUUCAUCACGGGAGGACUGGGAACUGGCACCACCCAGCCCAUGAUCAAGGGGACUGUGGCCUUCAUUCUUAUAUACAGCUGGUGGUACAACGUCUCCAUUGGAUCAACUGCCUUCUCUCUUCUAGCAGAAACCUCGACGUCUCGACUUCGAGCAAAGACUGUUGCCAUCGGGUACGCAUCGCAGAAUUCUAUCAAUGUCAUGUGGCAGUUUGUUAUCCCAUACAUGUUCAACCCAGACAAGGCCAACUUGGGCGCCAAGAUUGCCUUCAUUUUUGGCGGAUUAUGCUUUUUUUCUCUUCUUUACCUUUGGUAUUUCCAGCCUGAAACCGGCGGUCGCUCUUACGAGGAGCUUGAUGAGAUGUUUACAAAGGGUGUUCCGGCCAGAAAGUUCAAGACAUACAAGACGACUAUGCAGAUGCGCAACGAGACUACUGCACAAAGCGGUAGUCAUUAA